AUGUGGCAAGCCCAACCGCAACCCCCUCCUCCUCAUGCCGAUAUUUUGCUCCGUUUGGCGUUCACUGGGAAAAGACGCCUUUCGCACCACCCUCGUACAAGGGGCGAGUACCUCGCAUGCUGGAAACAGAGAUACUCGGGCCCCGUACAUAUCUCGGCAUCGACGUGCAGACGACAUUGUCCCAGCGUAUACUGUGCGUCGUUUGUAUACUCGAAUAGUAAUGCCCGACAAAAUCGGCUGUGGUACUGGCGGAAAAUGCGAAUGCGGCUAACUUUUUGGAGCGAGGCCGAAGAGAAGCACGGAUCGAAGAGGAGGGCGGUCGUGCUCGCAGCGCGGGGGAGGCGGAAGAAGGGGGCCGGCCUCGCGGUUGGGUUAGGCACUGCUGAGCGGUGUUAUGCCUGUCUAGAGGAAGCAGGUCCGGAUACGGUCCGGAUGCCUUCUGACGCCGAGCUGGCAGCUGUUGGAACGCUGGUAAGGCAGAGGCACAAGGCGAAGUGCACGUGUGUGGCCGUGGAUGCCGUAUAUUUGUUGCAUGAGAAGGAAACUACGUAA